CGGCGAAGCGUCACCUCGGUGGCCUGCCAGGUGAUAACCUCCCCGCGGCGCUGGGCCCGUGUUUACUUUACCUGCCGCGGCCGAUAAUCGCCUCUGAUAACAUUCCCGAUGGUAAACACCCUGCUGGAACAUGAGGGAAGCGACUCAAAGGAGAGAGCUGGUGCCUGGCAAGGGCUCUGCCUCGGGACAAGGAGGAGCAGACCCUGGCUGAAAUCCCUCCCCCUGAGGAGUUUCAUAGACCUGUGAUUGUCCCCAGCUCAACCUGCAUCCCUUGAGGAGGAGAGGCUGUGCUUUGGACAGAUUUAUCUGAGGGAACAGCGGCUCCUUGGCUGCUUGGUUGCGAGCACUAGGGAGUUCCUGGCAAAAAAAUGCCUUUUUUUUUGUGUCCACGUGACUUGAGAAAUUGCAGAAAUAUUCUUGCUGUCCUUGAGCAGCAGAUCCCGACGUCUCUGUGCGGGCUGGGAUUGAAGAGAAUAGAUUUUAGAGCCCCAAGCCCCUCUUGCCCUUUCCCUCGGGGGCUGACAGCGUCUCCUUGCAGUGCCACGCCGAUGCAUGAGAAGGCAGCUCCCCUGAAGAGCCCCGAGCCCAGGCACGGCCGUGAGAAGCUGGAGGUGUCCCACAAGCAGAAGAGUUUGGAUUCCCUCGAUGGCAGCCUCCGCCUGAACGAAGCCCUUAAGGAUGAGGACAUCAAGAAAUGCCACCGGGAAGUGGCCGCUAGCAAGUACAACUCCCAGUACCACAAGCUGUUCAAGGACAUCCCGACGGAGGAGAGUGUGCUGAAAGUUUGCUCCUGUGCACUCCAGAGAGACAUCCUCAUCCAGGGAAGGCUUUACAUCUCCCCCAACUGGCUCUGCUUCUAUGCAAACCUUUUCGGGAAGGACAUCAAGGUUGUGAUCCCGGUGGUCUCCGUGCAGCUGAUAAAGAAGCACAAGACAGCUCGGCUGCUGCCCAACGGCUUGGCCAUCACCACCACUGCCAGCAGGAAGUACAUCUUCGUGUCCCUCAUCUCCCGUGACAGCGUGUACGAUGUGCUGAGGAGAGUCUGCACACACCUGCAGGUUUCGAGUAAGAAGAGUUUGAGUCUGAAGGAGCUGUCGGAGGAGCCGGAUGCCGUGUCACUGGAGGUGAUCGUCCCCGAGGGCAAGUGGAGGAAGGUGUCACCCACCUCGCUGUCACUGUCACUGCCAGAUGCCAACUACCAGUGCAUCCACCGGACCUCUGUCAGCAGCCUGAGUGCCAAGGAGAGCUCCUUCACCUCCGAGGAGCCCCUGGUUUCAGAAAGUGCAAUAAACACCGAGGAGGAGCUGGAGGUGGAGCAGAGCUGUGUGGCGGAGCUGAGACCUUCCGACUACCAGCUCCUGAAGAUCUUCAUUGUGCUCAUCUGCCUCCUGGUCGUGUCCUCCUCGUACCUGGCGUUCCGCAUCUUCCGUCUGGAGCAGCAGCUCUGCUCCCUGAACCGGGACUACCUCUCCCGUGGGCACAGGAGGUGACUGUUACCCUGGUGCUGGCUGAGGACGGACUCCAACGGUGACACCCUGCCUGUGGAUCCCGGUGCUGAGACCUCCCAGCUGUGACUGUUACACGUGGCCCGGCUUUCCCUCGGCCGGUAAAAUGGGACCAAGUAUUUUCUCUUUUCCUAUGGGCACUUGCUCCCAGCAGGACUUCCCAGCCAGCUCCUGGCCACCGUGCCAACUCCCCAUCCCACUGGAAACCCGUUUUCUCCCUGGGACGCUGCUGUGCUGUAGCACUGAACGAUGGCUCGGGGCUGCUGAGCGCUUGGACCUCCCCUUAGGACUUGCUGCUAAAAUGGACGCCAGUUUUUAUUCCAGGCUUGGUUUUUUUCUAGUUGAAAGACAACCUUAGGCUCACCAGGAACCCCCAAAAAUGUGGAUGAGUUGCUGUUGCUGCCCUGGGUGAACCCACCUCUUUGUCCCUGUCUCAGUACCCCUGGGAAUGUGCCCAGAGGAAUGGCCCCAGAUACAGGGAUCUGUGGGGAUGGGAGAAAGGGGCCACCAGCCCUGUGGGGCAUCAUCUAUCCCACACCCAAGGGUGAGGGUCCAAUCCAGGGCCCCCCAGCCUUUCUUUCGUGGAGCACUGGGCCAUCUCAGCAUGGGAGGGGGUUUUGUGUCCCCUGCAAAGCACUUUAGGGUCCCCCAGACUGGGUGACCACCCCUGACACUGGGGCCAGACCAAGGCUUCGUUAGUCCCGCUCGCCUCGUUAAGAUGUCUGGAAAGGAGCCCGUGGCUGGCACCGGUGAACGUCCCGGAUCCGGGCCCUGGUUCGUGUUAACCUUGUCACCACGUGGAGCCGAGUGCCACAGGAUUUGUCCCUCAGGAUUUGUCCCACAGCCUCCCCCCGGGAGCACGCUGGGGCAGCAGGUGAAACCUGUGUGAUUCCUUUGGGUUUUCUUUACUGUUUUUUGGGAACUACAAGUGCUGAUGGGGCCAAAUCCCUGUGCCCUGGGGGAGAGUUUGCUGCUCGCUCUGGGCUCCGAACGGCUUUUAAAUGAAAUGAAAAUGAAAAUAAACCCAGGAUUUUCUAGCA